AUGGCAAACCACUUAUCUUUUUUCUUUGGAGUUGAGCUAGAGUUGCUAAUCGGGAGCCGGUCUAAAACCCACAAGACGUGGAAGUCACUUGCUGCCGAGGUCAGUACGAAGCUGAGGAAGGCUGGCCUCGCCAACCACGUCAAUGAAGGAAACGACAAGGCUAUAGAGCAUUACGAAGAAUGGUCUAUUGUCCAAGAGGUCACCGUACCCUCGCAGCCUGGAAAAAAUCUUUGGGGUAUCGAGCUCGUUUCUCCUAUUUUGGACUUGUCAACCCCAUGGGAAGCGCACUUGUCGCUGAUAUUCAAGACGCUCAAAUCGUCUUUUACCAUUUCGAGCUCUCCGAAUACUUCCACCCAUGUCCACCUAUCAACCUCACCUGCACUACCGCCAGGCUAUCUCAACGCAAUAGCCAAAUCCAUCUUGUACUUUGAGCCAGCCAUGGAUUUGCUGCUACCGUCCACACGAGCUUCUUCGUACUGGUGUCAAUCAAACAGGAUUAACCCAGUAAUGAAAUCACUCUCUCUCCCACAGUGCUUUGAGCAUCUAGACUACUGCAGCGAUGUUCACGAUGUAGCACGCGCCAUGUGCUCAUUCUCAGCACAAUCCGCAUACGGAAGGGCCAAUGGAUACACCGAAGACUUUGUUCACGGCGUCUAUAAAUGGGACUUUUCGGGCAUGGUCGAUCCUUCGUCAUGCCUCUCGACGAACCUUGCGCCCAACGGGACGCUCGAAUAUCGACAGUGCCCUGGCAGUAGCAGCUCGGAGGAAGCCCGCACAUGGAUCAUGCUAGCUCUAAGCUUUACGGCCGGCUCCAUGGACAGUGCCGGUUUGCUCGACCCUGAAACACCCGUCCGCAUGGAAGACCUCUGGUGGACGGUCAGCUCCGGACUCCAGACCUUGGGCAUGGCAGACGGCGACAUAAGGGGCAUCGAGAAGCUCUUCUCUGGAACGAAGAAGUCCAGAGGAGGCCGGCAGUAG